CCUUCCUAAAAAGAUCCGAUCCUCGAGUUCUCGUCACCAGCACUGGAGAGUAAUGUAAAAACUAGCCAGCACUGACUUCCCCCUGUACCUCCUCUAACAUUAUGUUUUCUUACUCAAACAAUUUCGGAUGCUACGUACGCAAAACACCAGCUCCCCUAGCACUGUUCAAUCGAGGAUAAAGUGAAUGAAGGUUCCGAGUGCUAAGUUACAGUGGUUGACUGGUGUUGAGGGCUCUCUGUGCAUAGUCGUAAUCAUGCGUCUUGUGUUUUGGGUAGGGGUAACGUUACUUCUCGUCUCCAGUAUAGAAGGAACACCACAAAUGUAUGAAAGACAAGCAAAACUACGAGAGCAGCUGACGGUUUAUGAAAUUGUAACUCCCAUUCGAGUGACUGAGUCCGGGGAACCUUUCCCAAACACGAUGCACUUUAGAAGGAAAAAGCGAAGCGUUGAUGCCGAUCUCUGGGCCUUGGUAACCCAUUACAGAAUUAAUGCUUUUGGGCAAUUUUUUCAUCUUAAUUUAACUGCCGAUUCUGGAUUUAUUGCACCUAUAUUUACCGUUAUACACCUUGGAAUACAAGCUAAUCUCACAAACCCCCACGAAGAGGAUACUGACACGAAGCACUGCUUCUACACAGGACAUGUCAAUGCUCAACCAGAGCACACAGCUGUGAUUAGCCUCUGUUCCGGACUCCUUGGCACCUUCAGGUCUCAUGAUGGGGAGUAUUUUGUUGAACCCCUUGUUCUACCUGAUGGGGAAGAAUAUGAUGAAGAGCACAGUAAGCCUCAUAUUGUGUAUAAACAAGAUGCACUGAAGACUAAAGCAGCAAGGGAAAUCACUGAUAUUUGUGGCAACUCAGGUCAUAAAAGUAGCCAAAAUAAAACCAAGUGGAAUAAAGGACUAUCCAGCAAUACUUUGUCUGAUCUGGAAAGCCUCAGAAAUAGUGUUGCGAUGCACAAUUUAGCUGGCAUGGAUAACAAAACUACUGGAACAGGAAGACACAAACGAACAAAACGAUUUUUGUCAUAUCCCCGAUAUGUUGAGGUAAUGGUUGUUGCCGAUAGCAGAAUGGUUGAACAUCAUGGAGCAAACUUACAACAUUACGUUCUCACUUUAAUGUCCAUUGUGGCCACUAUCUAUAAAGACCCAAGUAUAGGAAACCUUAUAAAUAUUGUAGUUGUGAAAUUAGUUAUUAUAAAUAGUGAACAGGAUGGUCCAUUUAUAUCAUUCAAUGCUCAAACAACAUUAAAAAACUUCUGUAUAUGGCAACAAAAACAGAAUAAUGCAGAUGAAAAUCACCAUUCUCAUCAUGAUACAGCAGUGCUUAUCACAAGGCAAGACAUUUGCAGAGCUCGCGAUAAAUGUGACACAUUGGGUUUGGCAGAGCUUGGAACCGUAUGUGAUCCUUAUAGAAGUUGCUCCAUCAGUGAAGAUAAUGGAUUGAGUACUGCUUUCACAAUAGCCCAUGAACUUGGCCAUGUGUUUAAUAUGCCUCAUGAUGACAGUAAUAAGUGCAAAGAAGAUGGUGGCAAAAAUCAACAGCAUGUGAUGGCACCUACACUGAACUAUUACACCAAUCCCUGGAUGUGGUCGAAAUGUAGCAGAAGAUACGUAACUAAUUUUUUAGAUACAGGAUAUGGUGAAUGUUUACUUGAUGAACCUGUGACAAGAACAUAUACACUCCCUCAUCAGCUCCCUGGUCAAAUUUAUAAUGUUGACAAACAAUGUGAAUUGAUUUUUGGAUCUGGUUCUCAGGUGUGCCCCUAUAUGACACAGUGCAGACGUCUUUGGUGUACAAGUACCGAGGGUGUUCAAAGAGGCUGUAGGACUCAGCAUAUGCCAUGGGCAGAUGGAACUGAGUGUGAACCUGGGAAGCACUGCAAACAUGGUGUCUGUAUUGUGAAGGAUCCCACAGAAUUUGCUGCAAUGGAUGGAUCAUGGGGACCUUGGAGCCCAUUUGGUUCCUGUUCCAGAACUUGUGGAGGUGGCAUUAAAAAUGCAGUUCGAGAAUGCAAUAAACCAGAGCCACGAAAUGGUGGGAAAUAUUGUGUUGGACGAAGAAUGAAGUUCCGAUCAUGCAAUACAGAGCAUUGUCCAAAGCAAGAGAAGGACUUCAGAGGAGAGCAGUGCACGCAGUUUGAUGGAAAACAUUUCAAUAUUAAUGGCCUACCUCCAAAUGUGCGAUGGGUUCCCAAGUACAGUGGAAUUUUGAUGAAAGAUCGCUGCAAGUUGUUCUGCAGAGUGGCUGGAACCACAGUCUAUUAUCAACUCAGGGACAGAGUUAUUGAUGGCACUCUUUGUGGGCCAGAUACCAACGAUGUGUGUGUGCAAGGACUUUGCCGGCAAGCUGGAUGUGAUCAUGUAUUAAAUUCAAAAGCACGAAGAGAUAAGUGUGGUGUUUGUGGUGGUGACAAUUCUUCAUGCAAAACAUUAGCAGGCACAUUUAAUACCGUCCACUAUGGAUAUAAUGUGGUUGUACGAAUACCAGUUGGUGCUACAAAUAUUGACGUGCGACAGCACAGCUAUUCAGGGAAGCCCGAAGAUGACAACUACCUUGCUUUGGCUAACAGUCGAGGAGAAUUCCUUUUAAAUGGAGAUUUUGUGGUGAGCAUGUUUAAAAGGGAAAUUAAAGUCAAAGGAGCUGUAAUUGAAUAUAGUGGGUCAGAUAAUGGAGUGGAAAGAAUCAACUGUACCGAUCGGAUUGAAGAAGAGCUAAUAGUUCAGGUUUUGUCCGUGGGAAAUCUAUACAAUCCCGAUGUGCGAUAUUCAUUCAACAUUCCAAUUGAAGAUAAGGCACAACGUUAUUUUUGGGAUCAGUUUGGUCCUUGGCAGGAUUGCAACAGACUUUGCCAAGGUGAGAGGAAGAGAAGACCUAUUUGUACCAGAGAAAGUGAUCGGUUGGUUGUCUCUGAUCAAAGAUGCGAUCAAAUUCCCCGUCCAGCUCCAAUUACUGAAUCAUGCAAUACAGAAUGUGAAAUACGAUGGCAUAUUGCUAGAAAAAGUGAAUGUACAGCCCAGUGUGGGCCUGGCUAUCGGAAUUUGGACAUCUACUGUGCAAAAUAUAGUAGAUCAGAUGGGAAGACAGAAAAAAUAGAUGAGAGGUACUGCAGCUAUCAAGCAAAACCAGAUAAUAAGGAGGCAUGCCGUGGUGAUUGUAAUGCAGGAGGAUGGCAGUAUUCAUCAUGGUCUGAGUGUUCCAAGAGUUGUGGUGGUGGUACGAGAAGGCGAAAUGCAGUUUGUGUGAAUGCUAUGGGGACAGUUCUUGGAGAUAACAAAUGCAGUCAGCAAGAAAAGAUGAUAAUCCAGCGAUGUAAUGAAUAUACUUGUCCAGUGUGGAAAACAGGUGAAUGGUCAGAGUGCUUAGUGACAUGUGGGAAGGGAUUCAAGCAUCGUCAAACUUGGUGCCAAGUUGGAGAAGAAAAAUUGGAUAAUGGGUUUUGUAAUUCUGCCACAAAACCAGAGUCGGCCCAAGCUUGUCAACAACAGGAGUGUGCAGCAUGGCAAGUUGGUCCAUGGGGACAGUGCACAGCGACAUGUGGGACAGGCUAUCAGAUGAGAGCUGUAAGAUGUGUUGCAGGUUCAUAUGGCACAAUUGUUAAUGACAACGAAUGUAAUGCUGCCACCAGACCAAGAGACACACAGGACUGUGAAAUAACUUCUUGCCCUGAUGUUCAUCAAGAUGGAAGGGAUGAAAGAAUACCCAAUCAAAUGACCUAUACUACUAAGUGGCGAUUUGGAUCUUGGACUCCAUGCUCUACCACCUGUGGAAAAGGAACAAAAGAACGGUACGUUAGUUGUCGAGACUUCCAUGGUGCUGUGGCUGAUGAGUCAGCUUGCCUGCAUCUUCCAAAACCACCAUCUAGAGAAGAAUGUAUUGUCAUCCCAUGUGGUCGUUGGAAGACUCGUGAGUGGACACAGUGUUCAGUGACCUGUGGCCAAGGUAAAGCAACACGUCAUGUGAUUUGCAUGAAUUACAAUAAUCAGAUUGUUAGUGAGAGUGAGUGUGACCCUGAUGAUCAGCCACAAACUGAACAAGAGUGUUCCAUGCCAUCUUGCGUUCAGCGACAUAACAGCCAACUAUUUCCUCGGCCCAAGAUGUUGCCCACCCAUGGUGACCCAGAUUAUACCCAACUCCGAGGAAGUCAGUGGAGAACAGGACCUUGGGGAGCAUGUUCUAGUACUUGUGCUGGAGGUUUCCAACGGCGUGUUGUGGUUUGCCAGAAUGAAGAUGGUUAUGAUGCCAGAAAUUGUGCUGAACAGGCCAAGCCUGUUGAAAUGAGGUCCUGUGAAUCUGGUCCUUGUCCUCAGUGGAUCUAUGGCAACUGGGGAGAGUGCACCCAGGUCUGUGGUGGGGGAGCAAGAACAAGACUAGUUAUUUGUCAGCUUCCAAACGGCCAAAGGCUAAAUGAUCAGAACUGUGAAAUUCUUGACAAACCUCCCGACCGUGAGCAAUGCAAUACUCGAGCUUGUCCUACAGAUGAUGCCUGGCAUAGAGGUCGUUGGAGCUCGUGUUCCAUUUCCUGUGGGAAAGGAAGUAAAUAUCGUACUGUUUACUGCAUGAAUAAAGAAGGAAAGGAAAUAGAGGAAGAAAAUUGUAAACAUCUGGAGAAACCUAAAUCACAAAAACGAUGUCGAGGGGGUAGAUGUCCUAAGUGGAAAACUGGAGAAUGGUCAGAGUGUUCGGCCUUAUGUGGAAGUGGAAUUCAGCAACGAGCCGUCUUGUGCCAGAUCUCAAAUCAAAGCAUUGAAGAUUCGCAGUGCAGUCAAUCCACUAAACCUGCUUCAGUUCAACCCUGUCAAAGUGGAGUAUGUUUGCUUUACAGCUGGCAAGUUGAAGAAUGGGAGAAAUGCAGUGCAACCUGUGAUACCGGAACAAGACAUCGUAAAGUAACAUGUAUCAACCAGAAUUCAGAAGAAGUGCAUAGUAUUAAAUGUGAUGCAAGCAAAAGACCAUUAAGUGUGGAGCCGUGCAAUAAUCAACCUUGUGAAUACAUCUGGAUUACAGGAGAGUGGUCUGAGUGCUCAGUUACUUGUGGAAAUGGCUACCAACAAAGACUUGUUUCCUGCAGUGAGGUUUACAAUGGUAAGGACCUCUACGAAUAUGGCUACUAUCACCAGAUUACAACUAACUGCCCUGGGACACAGCCGCCAAACAUCCGAGCCUGCUCUGUCGGUGAAUGCCCUGUUACUGCUUCAUGGCGGGUUGGAAACUGGGGAAGCUGUUCAGCAACUUGUGGAAUAGGAAUCAUGCAACGCUCAGUUUACUGCUUAACAAUUGAUGGACAUUUAAGCAAUUCAUGUAGUUCAGACGUUAAGCCAGAAGAGAGGAGAACAUGCCAGAAUGGAAAAUGUGAAUUUCCAGAAAGCUGUAGAGAUGUGCAGCGAUUAAAAGGAUUCAUCGAAGACGGUGAUUAUGUUCUUAAUAUUCAAGGGAAGCAAGUAAAGAUAUACUGUGCCGAUAUGCUGUCAGACAGCCCCAGGGAGUACAUUACACUGACAACGGGUGAUUUGGAAAAUUUUUCAGAAGUUUACGGCUACAGAUUGCAUAAUCCUGCUGAGUGCCCAUAUAAUGGAAGUAGAAGGGAUGACUGUCAGUGCAGAAGAGAUUAUCUAGCCGCUGGGUAUUCGACUUUUAGAAAAGUUAGACUGGACAUCAACACACUGCAAAUAAUAACAACAGACUUGUACUUUGCACGAACGCUUGAAGGACGAUCAGUUCCAUUUGCCACAGCUGGAGACUGUUACAGUGCUGCCAGAUGUCCACAGGGUCAAUUUAGUAUUAAUCUCUCUGGAACAGGACUCCGAGUUUCUGAAUCCACUAGGUGGAUAUCACAAGGAAAUUAUGCUGUUGUAGAAAUACAACGAUUGAUGAAUGGCGCCAAAGUGAUUGGGAAAUGUGGAGGUUACUGUGGCAAGUGCAUCCCAUAUUCUGGAACAGGACUACAUGUACAAUUGCUUUAACUCAGUUGGUGCUCCAGGUUUGUGGUCUGUUACAACAGUGAAGCAUUAUGUGACACAAGCUGGAACAAGAUGAAGGACAAACCCAUACAUACCUCUGUGUUCUAUGUCUGUAGAUAAAUCUGGUCAGUUUGAUGUAUAGUAUUGUAUUUAUAAUUCCUGUUUAUAUUUAUUUCUCUCAAAAUUGUUUUGUGAAAGGAUCCUUAAAUGUUUUCAAGAUUCCAACAGUGAAAAGCACCAUUUGUACAUAAAGUACACAAUAUGUAGCCUUGUAAGAUAAGGACAUUUUAUUGACACUGUUUUAUAAUUGUUUACUUAUCACAACACAACCAAUAAACCAAAAAUAGGUUGAUAUGCCUAAUUGAAAUGGUGGUGCUAUGUAUUAUAUUGUGAGCGUUUUUAACUUUGAAUUUACCUCUGCACUUUUAAUCAGGAAACAGAUGAAUAUGUACUGUUAUCAUAUAAGUAAUUUUGAUAAAAGUUUUGUAAAUAUGUGGGUAUUUGCAGCUAUAUGUUAUUGCACUGGUUAACUUCUUUUGAUCUUAAUAACCAAGAUGAGUACACUAGUAGCCAUUUGCAAAAUAGAAGGACUUCCACAAGAUAAAGAGAAUGAAGAAUUGGUUUUACAUUAAGAAUAUUUUUAUUCCACAAUGAUUUGUGCAUUAAUGUGCAGUUAUUGGUAAUUGUAUGCCAAAUAUUAUUGCAUACUCUUAUCUCUUGACACACUGAAAUUUAUGUAAAAUGUAAGGAUUUGGUAUUAAAAGUUUAAAAUACCAUAUUCAUUGUUAAUUAAAAUAGAAAAUCAAAUUGUUAAAUAUAGAACUACUAAGAAGCUUUAUGCAGUAUGUGUGAAAAUAUAUUUGCAAAUUGGCUGAUGGUGUAUUGUCUAGUACUGUUAAGGCAUCUUAUUAAAUUGUUUGAGUGGAGAGGGAAUGUUAGAAAUUGCACUGAUGUUUUCGGGGCAUAAAGAAGUUAUGGUGCUAUUCAUGGUGCAUUCAAAUGGCAGUGCAGGAUUUAGUCAUAGUAUGGCCAAGAAACAUUGAUUCUGUAAACAUCUGCAUAUUCUUCUCAGUUUGCAGUACGUUCUAUCCCACUGUGUAACAUUUGUAUUAAAUGAUGAAUAGUUAUUAUAAACUGUACAUUGUUGUAUUAUUCAAAGCAGUUUUGAAUAUCAUGUUCAGAAAUAAUUUCAAGUAAAUGAGACACAGGUAACAUUAGAACUGUGCUAAUGUUUUUUUACUAUUCUGACUGAAUGUAUGUACUUUGAUAUUCUUUGAACAUACAUCCAAAAGCUCUGCUGUAAGAAGGGCAUAUUGGUGAGUGUUAAUUAAUAAACAUUGUUAGGUUUUUUUAAUGCUAUGCAUCAAAACAAUUAUCUAACUACUGUUGUUUCAGUCAUUGUGAUUUUAUUUUGUUAAUAAUGCAAUGACAGACCAUUGUUGUUAGCCUGUAAACGAAUCAGUAAGUUUAAACUUAAUUGAAUGCAAUGUCAAAUAAAAUGCCUCUAAAAGCUAUCAAAAACAGUUACGGAUAUCUUAUAUUAAUGCUUGAUUGGAUUUUAAAGUAGGUAAGUAAUUUUUUAGUCAAAAUACUAAUCACCUAAUUAUAAUAGUUUCACAGUUUAAAUAGUUUAGCUUUACUUUCCAUAACUAAAAUUAGGGAAAAGUACUCUUAUUUUAAAUUAGGCAAUGUCUUUUUGCAGUUAUGUUUGAUUUUUCUAACCACUGUGUUUGCAGUAUAUUUCAUUAAUGUGUUCCCCAAAAUCAAAACUCAGUUUACAGGUAUCAAAUGUUUUUUACAUCAAAGGGAAUUUCUGAAGUUAUGCAUCAGAUCCAGGGGCAAAUCUUGCACUCUUAAGUGCAUGGCACAUUUUAAUUUCAUGGUAUGCAAUAAAUCUUGAUUAUAUAGCAUCUGGACAAGCUUUUAAGUUGUAAGCAAUUAUGCCACUCCAGCAUAAGGAACAUAGCAAGAAAUGCAAAUUCUGUCAGACAAUUGAAUAUUUUAAAUUUGUUGGGUAUUCCAGCAGUUGUACUCGUUGUUAUAAUAAAGGAAUUGAUGUCAUAAUUUAGUAGUGUUACACUGUGCACUACAAUAUAGAAAACAUUAUUAAAGAUGUUAUUCAUAGCUAAAAUGUAUUUAUGACAAGUAUUAAAAUAUGCACUGGUAACUUUCAAAAAUUGUUCACUCUAUAACAAAUAAAUUAU